AUGACAAUCAUUUCGAAAUUCGCUAUCGGCGUGUUGAUUGCAGUGGUCAGUAAGGCCACUGCCCAACAGACUGUUUGGGGGCAAUGUGGUGGUAUCGGCUGGAAUGGACCCGUCACUUGUGUUUCUGGCUCCUACUGCGCACCUGGAAAUCCCUACUACUCUCAGUGCCUUCCAGGGUCUGGACCGUCAACAACUACGGCGAUUACGACAACUACGCUCAUCACGACGACAACCACGAAGAGCAGCAUUACAACAAGUGUCAGCACGACGGCAACUCCCACGGGUAAGGUACAGUUUGCCGGAGUGAACAUUGCCGGCUUCGACUUUGGCAUGGUUACCAGCGGCACACAGGAUCUAAGUCAGGUUGUCGACGAGUCCGUCGAUGGCGUCACACAAAUUAGGCAUUUUGUCAAUGAUGAUACCUUCAACAUAUUUCGCUUGCCUACUGGCUGGCAGUAUCUCGUGAACAAUAACCUAGGUGGCCAGCUUGACGCGACUAAUUUCGGGGAGUACGAUAAGCUCGUUCAGGGUUGCCUUUCUGCGGGUGCGCAUUGCAUCGUUGACAUUCACAACUAUGCCCGCUGGAAUGGAGCCAUCAUUGGCCAAGGUGGGCCAUCUGAUGCACAAUUCGUGGAUUUGUGGACUCAACUUGCGACCAAAUAUAAGGCACAGAGCAAUAUAAUCUUUGGCAUUAUGAAUGAGCCCCAUGAUCUGAACAUUACCACAUGGGCUGCCACUGUACAAAAGGUCGUUACAGCAAUUCGUAAUGCUGGCGCAACUUCACAGCUAAUCUUACUCCCUGGUACCGAUUACACAAGUGCCGCCAACUUCAUAGAAAAUGGAUCCGGUGCUGCCCUGGUAGGAGUUGUAAAUCCAGAUGGAUCUACCCACAAUUUAAUCUUCGAUGUUCACAAAUAUCUGGACUCAGAUAAUAGCGGCACCCAUGCUGAGUGCGUCACUAACAAUAUCGAUGCUUUCACAAGUCUCUCUACCUGGCUGCGAUCUGUUGGUCGCCAGGCUCUGCUUUCUGAGACCGGUGGCGGUAAUGUUCAGAGCUGUGCAACGUAUAUGUGCCAACAGCUUGACUUUCUUAAGUAA